CCUUGGAGGGCCCUGGUGGUGCAGUGGUUCGAAUUCACCAGCUGCUCCUUGGAAACCCUAUGGGGCAGUUCUACUCUUUCCUGUAAGAUCACUAUGAGUAGGAAUUGACUCGACGGCAAUGGAUUUUAGUUAUGGCUCUGGGCCUUGGCUGGGACAAGGGUGCAGAGAGCUGGCAGCGGCAUCUAGUGACCAGGUGGAUGUGCCCCCAGGAGAAUUCCUUCCAACCCUUGCAGUUCCUACUGCUGGUGGGGGUCCUGGUGGCGAGUGCCCUCCUUCUGGCCCAGUGCCUUCGAUGGCACUGUCCUCAUUGGCUGCUGAGAACCUGUCGGAAGCCAGAUGGCCAAGAGGACCCAGUGCCGCAGCCCAUUCCGCUACCGGAAAAUGAGCCCUCAAGGCAGUGCCCUCCAGCCACACUGCCAGAGAUGGCUGCAUUCUACCAGGAACUGAACACACCCACUCAAGGCCAGACAGUCAUCCGCCAGCUGAUGCACAAACUAUUGGUGUUUUCAGCUCGAGAAGUGGACCACCGAGGUGGCUGCCUGAUGCUCCAAGAUACAGGCAUUUCCCUGCUCAUCCCGCCAGGUGCUGUGGCUGUGGGCCGCCAGGAGCGGGUGUCUCUGGUCCUGGUGUGGGACCUGUCAGAUGCCCCGUCGCUGUCCCGGUCCCAGGCGCUGGUGAGCCCUGUGGUGGCAUGUGGCCCCCAUGGGGCCUCCUUCCUGAAGCCCUGCACCCUUACAUUCAAGCACUGUGCCCAGCAGCCCAGCCACGCCCGCACCUACAGCAGCAACACGACCCUGCUUGAUGCCAAGGUCUGGAGACCCCUGGGGAGGCCCGGGGCCCACACCUCCCGGGAUGAGUGUUGCAUCCACCUCUCUCACUUCAGCCUCUACACCUGCGUGCUGGAGGCGCCUGCGGGGCGCGCAGCCCGAAAAUGGCUGCAGCUGGCGGUGUUCUGCUCGCCGCUGGCGCCAGGGCAGUCCCACCUGCAGCUGCGCGUCUACUUUCUCAACAACACGCCCUGUGCCCUGCAAUGGGCCUUGACCAACGAGCAGCCCCACGGCGGGCGCCUGCGUGGGCCCUGCCAGCUCUUUGACUUCACCGGGGCCCGCGCGGACCAGUGCCUGAAGCUCAAGUACAUCUCUGAGGGUUGGGAGAAUGUAGAUGACAGCAGCUGCCAGCUGAUUCCCCAUCUCCACAUCUGGCAUGGAAAGUGCCCCUUCCGCUCCUUCUGCUUCCGGAGAAAAGUCAAUGAGAGUGAGGACUGCUCAGCAGUAAACAAUGAGAUCAUUGUCACCAUGCACACCUUCCAGGAUGGCUUGGAGACCAAGUACAUGGAAAUCCUCAGGUUCCAGGCAUCAGAAGAGGAAUCCUGGGCAGCGCCACCCCCAGUUUCGCAGCCACCCCCAUGCAAUAGACUACCCCCAGAGCUCUUUGAACAGCUGCAGAUGUUGUUGGAACCAAACAGCAUCACUGGCAAUGACUGGCGCCGACUGGCCUCCCACCUGGGGCUCUGUGGCAUGAAAAUCCGGUUCCUGUCCUGCCAGCGCAGCCCCGCGGCCGCCAUCCUGGAGCUGUUUGAGGAGCAGAAUGGCAGCCUGCAGGAGCUACACUACCUCAUGACUGUCAUGGACAGACUGGACUGUGCCUCAGCCAUCCAGAGCUACCUGAGUGGGCCACAAGAUGGCAGCCCAGUUCCUGUCCGCAGGCCUGCCUGGGACAACCAGGGCCUGGAGCUGGAUGAGAAGCUCUGAGUGCCAAGAGGGAGGGCGAGGCAGGGUGAGGGCCCUUGGUAUGCCCCUACAUCUAAGAAUCACACAACAGGUGUUACUGGCUGUACCCACCAACCUCAUCAGAACCUUGAAUGGUGCCCAGUGCCUCUCAUGAGAAGGGAGGGCCAUUGCCAGCCUCUCUGGGACUGGACCACCCUUCUGGUAUACGAACUGUGGGCAGAUCCCCUUCUGGCCGGCAGGGGGCACAGAAGCCCAGCAGAUGGCCACAACGUGGCCAACCCCCUGGAAACUAAUUCAUAGACUGUAAUUUUUUUUUUUUUUUUUUAAGGAGGCUUGGCUCCUUCUUGGCACUCCUGGGGGCGCAGUGUUUAGUCCACAAGUAUUCGCUGAGCACUUAGUGCGUACCCAACACUGGCUGGGCAUUACAAGGAGUACUGAAAUAUAUAAGAUAGGGUCUGGAGCCUUGACAAGUGCACGCUUCUCUCAUAGAGUCCAGAUGUGCUCAUAGGAGCUGAGGGCAAACUCUAUAACAAGCAUAUAACUUGUGGUUAAGGGAUUUACCUUACAGGCUUUAGGAAUUGAGAAAGGGAGGGAGGUGAGUGUGGGCUGGAGCAGUGAGAAUACUUAGUGCCAGGUGUUGGAGGGAGAGAGGAUUUGGACAUGUAAAGAGUGGUUCAGAGAUCUUUAGGAUGGGUGGUGGGUGGGAAGAUAGGAGCUGAAAGUGAGCAUGGAGUGCUGGGAGCAUCAAGGAAACCAGCACCAUGGGUGAGAGGUGGUAUUAGGACAAGUGUUCAAGGCCAGACCCAGGGGCGGGCAGUUAUACCUGGCCGUCCACCUUAGUCUCCUUUGCCUGCCUGUGUCUCCUUAUUCUUCUGCUCAAGCCUUAUUUUCCUCACCUUCUGCCAUUAUCUCUAUCAUAAAACUGAAAGGAAACUUGAAGAUUAUCAUUCUUGCCCAACCUUUUUCUCUCUCUUAUCUUGAACUGUGUGAGUUCUAAGUCUUUCUGAUUUUCUCUUUGUUCCUGUCUCCUGUGGUCUCUCUAUCCUUGAAUCUCUGUGUGUCUCUCUGUUACUGUGUGCCUUAGUAUCUUUUUGUCUCUACCUGGUCACUUUGUCCUGUCUUUGUGUGUUUCUUCCUUUCUCUGAAAUUCUCAGUCAUUUGCUUCAGGCAAGUGUCUCUAAACCAAUGUUAUAUACCAAAGGCUACUGCAAAAGACUGGGCUACUCUGGGAAUAGAUGAGUGGUUUUUGUUU